UGGUGUGGGUCCAAUUUAGGACCAAAUUGAUUGCCAGUUUAUUGCCAAAGAAAAUUUUAACACAAAAACAUUUCUCUCUCUCAUGAAGCUAAAGCCAACACUACUUAUAUAGCUACCCUUCACUCUUCCAAAAACGCUCCUUCACUCUCAUCAUUCUUUCUUCUUUCAAAACAUUUCCACAAACACACCAAACUCACCUGAAACCCUAUUUCCAUUUACCAUUCACACUAAUGGCACGACCACAACAACGCUUUCGAGGCGUUAGACAGAGGCAUUGGGGCUCUUGGGUCUCCGAAAUUCGUCACCCUCUCUUGAAAACAAGAAUCUGGCUAGGGACGUUUGAGACAGCGGAGGAUGCAGCAAGGGCCUACGACGAGGCGGCUAGGCUAAUGUGUGGCCCGAGAGCUCGUACUAAUUUCCCAUACAACCCUAAUGCCAUUCCUACUUCCUCUUCCAAGCUUCUAUCAGCAACUCUUACCGCUAAACUCCACAAAUGCUACAUGGCUUCUCUUCAAAUGACCAAGCAAACGCAAACACAAACGCAAACGCAGACCGCAAGAUCACAAUCCGCGGACAGUGACGGUGUGACGGCUAACGAAAGUCAUUUGAACAGAGGAGUAACGGAGACGACAGAGAUCAAGUGGGAAGAUGGAAAUGCGAAUAUGCAACAGAAUUUUAGGCCAUUGGAGGAAGAUCAUAUCGAGCAAAUGAUUGAGGAGCUGCUUCACUACGGUUCCAUUGAGCUUUGCUCUGUUUUACCAACUCAGACGCUGUGAGAAAUGGCCUUGUCGUUUUAGCGUAUUCUUUUCAUUUUUAUUUUUGUUUCCACAAAAACGGCGUCGUAAGUGAUGAGAGUAGUAGUGAGAGAAGGCUAAUUUCAAGACAUUUUGAUCUGAAUUGGCCUCUUUUGAAACACUGAUUCUAGUUUCUAUAAGAGCAAUCGAUCAUAUGCUAUGUUAUGUAUAGUAUUAUAAAAAAAUGUUAUUUUCUGAUUUUUCUCCAUGUAAACCAAUUGAACACUUGAAACCAAAAACUAAA